AAUGCGUUAGCCCUCUUUUCCGCUCGCAAAGCAGCACUCCAGUCCUGUAUCUACUACUACUGCAAAAGCCCAUUUCUCCCAGUUCCUCUCUCUCUUUCUCGCUCGCGAAGCAGUCAGUCCGACAUGAGCCGGUCAGGACAGCCACCAGAUCUCAAGAAGUACAUGGACAAGAAACUUCAAAUCAAGCUGAACGCAAACAGGAUGGUGGUCGGAACGCUUCGUGGAUUUGACCAGUUUAUGAAUUUGGUGGUUGACAACACUGUGGAGGUGAAUGGUGAUGAGAAAAAUGACAUAGGCAUGGUGGUGAUCAGAGGAAAUAGCGUCGUCACUGUUGAAGCUCUGGAACCUGUAAACAAAACACAGUAAUUAUGGCUUCUUAUUAGUACUAGCAAUAUAGCUUUGAGUCCUAUAUUUUGGCCAAUAUGGCUACUUCUAGUUGUUGGACAUAGUUAUUCUAUAUUUGCAGAUUGAAGGAAGUAUUUACCUAUUACUUUAUCAGUUCUCUUAGAUUGCUAGAAAUAUAUUGGCCUGCUAUUUUAUAAGUAGUUCUUCUGUAGAUUUCUUUUCUAGCAAGCUUAGGCUGCUUUUGGAUCUAUGAGAUAAUGAGAAUAGUAAUGAACUAAUUAUAUGCUUCCAGAACUCA